GUCAUUUUGGCUCUCUCCGUCAAACUGGAUUCAUUAAGUGACAUCACGGACAAAGCAGACGAGAGUAUUUUGGUCAUUUGACUUAACCUCUUCCAAUUUAACGGAAUGGGCCAAAAGGACCAUCCACCAAAAGUAUUCAAACCACAAGGACCAUACUUGAAGAAAAAGAAAAUUAGGAAUCAAACUUAAUACUACUAAAAACCACAUAGACCAUUUAUGAAAACUAGUCUUUCGAUUUUAAUAAUAAGUUGUAAAAUAAAAUAAAAUAUUUAAAAAGAAGAGAGGCCUGCAUAUCCACGCAAGCCCAAAAAGCUCCAAACAGACCAAGGAAUCUCUCGUUCUCUCACGCGCAGUUUAACAUUUCCCUUCGACAAAUUCUUCUUCUUCUCUUCUUCAAUCUACAAUUCCACAUAGCCACACAACUGAUUCUGCAACAUGAAUCAGAAAGCGCGCGUUAGUAAAGAGCUUAAUGAAAAACACAGAAAGAAAGUCAAAAUAUCCAAUUUUUAUUAGAAGUACAACCACUUAUGCAUGGUGCACAAGCUGUAAAGUACAAAUGAGAGGUUACAAUAAUUGUGUCUCUAGUAGAUACUCGAGGGGUUACUUAAAUUACCAGAGAACAGGGAAUGUGCUGAAUGCAAAAGCAUGUAGGUGGCAUGGGGUCCAAGAUGGGCGAGUGUAAAUCUUGGGAUUUUUAUAUGUAUGCAAUGCUCUGGAGUUCAUAGAAGUCUUGGAGUACACAUAUCAAAGGUGAGAUCUGCUACACUUGAUACAUGGCUACCAGAUCAGAUCGCAUUUAUACAGAGUAUGGGAAAUAAGAAAUCAAAUAGCUUUUGGGAAGCCGAGUUGCCUCCUAAAUACGAUAGAGUUGGGAUUGAAAAUUUCAUUCGUGCAAAGUAUGUAGACAAGAGAUGGAUUUCUCGAGAUCAGAAAGUUGAAACUCAUUUGAGUAUAAUACGAAAAGAGAAUGUUCCACUUUAUAAACCCGGGACCACAACUAAGGCCAUCGUUCUUUUCCCUGAGCCAAAACAGACCCCUCAACUUUACAAUUUGAACAAAACAACACCUCCUCUUCCUUCUUCUACAGUUGUUGACCAACAGGUCAUUAUACAACCAAAACAAAUCGAACCCGAGUUUAAACCAGAGGAAAGUAAAGCUAUUGUGGUUGUACCAGAUCAAAAGGUUAAUAAUGACUAUAAUGCCACUGAUCUUUUUGAUAUUCCCCCUGUCGAUGCAAAUGGCUUCAAACCUUCUUCUAGCAAUGAGGAUCCACAAGCAAAAACCCAAACGUUAGACAAUGAUGCGAAGAAAUCAAGUAACAAAGUGAAGUCCGAAUUUGAGGAUCUUUUUGAUGGAUUAGAUUGGGUUGCCCAAGAACCUUGUACACAAGUAAAAAACGACACCAUGAAACUUUUCGAAAAGUCAACUACAAUACAACCGCUUCCGGUCCCGCAACAACAAUAUAAGGUGAUGGGUAAUCAUCAAAAUGGCACCAACGGUUUCCACCGUCUUCCAAAUCAGCAAAUCGGAAACAUCAAAUCUUCACAACCUAUCGGGAAUCCCGGUUUUUACACAACAUCGAGUAUGUAUGGUGGAAGUCGAGUUGUCCCGAGUACAAAAACUUUAGGAGGAAGUAGACCGUCCACGACAUCCGCGGGACAGCUAAGCCUUCCGACUCAAUUAGGAGGUGAUUACGACUUCUCGUCGUUAACACAAGGGAUGUUUGGAAAACGAUGAGCAUAUUUUUAUUUUUAUUUUUAUCGUGGGGGUUUAAAGGAAAAUAAGUCAUUAAUUAUAUAGAAAUAGAAAUUAUAGUAAAUUCAAUUAUUCCUUUCAAGUUGUAUAUCGGAAACAAGUUUACUUAUUGGUUUUCAUUUGGAUUUGUGAUUGAUUUGUUUUGAAUAUACGAGGAAUAAUGUAACGAAAAAUAGAAUUCCUUUCAUUAAAGGAAGAAAAGAAAAUAGAUGGUAUUUAGUUUGGUUUUUC